UCACUGGUACUGAGCACCGACUGUGAGUGUCCGGACAAUAACAAGCUGCACAGAUGACUUCCUCCGUUCUCCCGGUAUUCCAAGACGGUCCUUCGUCGACCGACCGUCGAGAGACGACGCACGGCUUGAAAUUGUCGAUUAGCAACAGCUUGACGAAUGGAACUUUGGAACUUGAUGCGUAAAGUAUCUGCAAAAUUACAAAUGUGCCUUCAAUACCCUAACCAUUAAGCGAGGAAGUAUCAAAAUGAAUAUGGCAGAGAGCGAGGAUGCUGGUAAGGGCUGGCAUGAGUGUGCCAGCUGGUUGACCAGAUGUGGCGCACUGCGAGCGGAUCACAAGGCCAACUGGCCACAGGCGAUCGCAUUUGACCUGGCCUAUACAUUACGGGAUGGUGUAUUGCUGUGCAAUCUACUCAACAUUGUGGAUCCUGGAUGCAUCGACAUGAAGGAUGUGAAUCAGAAGCCACAAAUGGCGCAGUUCCUGUGCUUGCGUAACAUAAAGGUGUUUUUGUCAGUAUGCUCUAGUGUCUUUGGCCUCUCCGACUCGGAGCUCUUUGAGCCGUUUAUGCUGUUUGACCUAUCUAACUUCCAUCGCGUCCUCUGCACACUCUCUGCCUUGUCCAAUUGUCCACGACUGAGGCGAAAGGGUAUACCUGGAUUCUUUGUUGGUCAUGGAAGAUCACAAGAGGAUAUUUAUAAGGAUUUACAAAGUGCUGGUGCAGGUCGCGAAGAUGAGGGCCGCCGCAGAAGGUUUAGGAGACGGGAGGGCAACGAGACAGGCGGCGGGGGGGAUAAUGAGGAUCCGGUUGGUGAGGAGGACGGGUACGGAGCUUUUUGCAGCCAUGCACAAAGUGAGGAGAUCUACCAGGACCUCUGUAGUCUACAUUUACCGCCUCCUCCGUCAGUUGCGCAGAGCAGUGCCAUUUCUGGAGGUGAAAAAAGGGAUUACGUAAUCCAAGAACUCGUGGAGACCGAGCGAAAUUACACAGAGGUUCUUAGUAGCCUACUCAGACACUUCGCUCGACCGUUAUCUUCGAUACUUCGACCCGAGGAUUCCGCCCGCAUCUUUUUCGGUAUUAAAGAGCUCUCAGAGAUUCACGUGGGCUUUCAUAGUCAGCUACGUAAGGCGCGAAACGGCGCUGCACUCGCCCAAGUCUUCCUGGACUGGCGAGAGAAGUUCCUCAUUUACGGCGAUUACUGCGCAAAUCUCACCCUUGCACAAAAUACUCUACAGGAAGCCUGCGCACGUAAUGAAGUAGUCAAUCAAGAAGUUAUUAGGUGCCAACAAGAAGCUAACAAUGGUAAAUUUAAGCUGCGCGACAUACUAUCUGUGCCAAUGCAAAGGGUACUCAAGUAUCACCUGUUGUUGGAUAAGCUGGUAGAGGAAACUCCUCGCGAGUGGGUAGAAGACUGCCAUGCGUUGGCGAAAGCGAGAGAAGUUAUGGUCGAUGUCGCUCAGUAUAUAAACGAAGUGAAACGCGAUUCCGACACACUGGACAUCAUAAAGGACAUUCAAGCAUCGAUAAUCGACUGGGAUAUGCCUGAGGAUGCGCAACUGAAGGAUUUCGGCCGCUUACUUCGUGACGGCGAACUUAAGGUGAAAGCUCAUGGUGACCAGCGGAUAAAGGCCCGUUAUGCAUUUGUAUUCGAGCAAGUAGUAUUGAUUUGCAAAGCUGGCAGAGGAGAUCAAUAUUGUUACCGAGAAACUCUACGAUUAGACGAUUACAGACUGGAAGAUCACAUAGGACGACGAACUUUGGGUAGAGAUUCACGUUGGUCCUACCAGUGGAUACUUGUACAUAAGCAGGCAUACACGGCAUACACUUUAUAUGCGAGAACAGAAGAGCAGAAACAAAUAUGGAUGAAGGCGUUACAGGACGCGAUGGAUAAUGUUAAUCCUAUAGCCUGUCGAAAUACCAAUCAUAAAUUAAAGUUGACGACAUUUGACACUCCUAGGAGUUGUCAACGAUGUGGAAAAUUCCUUAAAGGCCGCAUAUUUCAGGGCUACAAGUGCGAGGUGUGUCGUCUUGCCGUGCACAAACAGUGCAUCGCGCACUCGGGUCGUUGUAUGCCCACACCACCAUCGCCAACACCACCACCGCCGCUACCCUGCGAACGUGCGCUUACCAUGAAACUGUGGUUUGUCGGGGAGAUGGGCAGGGAUGCAGCUUCUAACAAACUGGAAUCUCGCGAAGAUGGCACUUACAUGCUGCGCGUUCGUCCAGCUGGUCAACCGCGCCUCAAACAUGAAACCAAUUAUGCUCUUAGUAUUAAAGCGGAAGGGACGGUAAAACAUAUCCGAGUAUUCAAACGCGAUGUGGAUGGCGCGGAUCUGUACUAUCUCAGCGAGUCUCGGUUCUUUAAGAGUGUUGUUGAAUUGGUCGAAUACUACGAACGAGCGUCUCUUUCAGAGAACUUCGAAAAACUGGAUCAACGUCUAUUAUGGCCAUACCGGCGUGUUUUGGCUAAGGCACUAUUUGACUUCCGUGGCUGCGAACGCAAUCAACUGAGCCUACGACGCGGUUGUCGAGUUGUAGUACUGAGCAAGGAGGGUGAUGCCAAAGGAUGGUGGAAGGGUAAAAUAGGUGAUCAAGUAGGAUUCUUUCCUAAAGAAUAUGUGGAGGAGGAAUAAGAUUAUUAAAGACGAAUUAUUAUUAUUAUAUCGUUGCAUAUAAUAUAUCGGAUUUUCAAAUUUUCGGGGUUAGGUGUCUUUUGAUAAUUGAUU